CUAAACACCACCACUCCGCCGGCCUCACGAUUGAGAAGGAACUUUCAAUUUCGUCUGCAUCUGGAGCUGGGGGUCAGUAUUCGAGAACACUAUCAUCAGAAUUUCAAAAUCUCAAGCCGACAAAACUUGUGCAGCAAGCCGCUUCUGGGCCUCCCAAACGCGUCCACCCACUGUCCCAACACGAAUUCAUUUUCCUCCAAAAGAAUAGCAGUCGCUCGCUCGAACCGUUUCCUAGUUCCCAAAAACCUAUUAUGAAUUCCGACGCGUCGAAAGUGCAAUAACGAUGUAUCUGCCGCGCUCCCUAAUCUCGACGCUCUACCUCCACCUCCAACGAACCCACCACCCUUUGUCUCCACCAGUCCUCAUUCUGGUUGCCCUAGAACCCGAUGCGCUCUGCGGCUGUCGAAUCCUCACUCAACUUCUCAAACGCGACUACAUACCGCACAAGAUCCAGCCAAUUGCUGGGUAUGGCGACUUGGAGAAGGCGGGACGAGAUGUCAUUCGACCGAUGAUGGAGAGCCAGGGAGGCAGCGGGGGAGUUGUAGUUUGCCUCGGAGUUGGAGGGCUGGUUGAUCUUGGGGGUCUGUUGGGCAUUGAAGCUGAGGGUGAUGAGAGUAAUUAUGGUGGUGUUGAAGUGUGGGUGAUCGACGCGCGACGUCCUUGGAAUUUAGGGAAUGUUUUUGCCGGGGUUCCAAUACCUCCGCCUAUUGAGGAUGAGGGGGAGCUGGUCAUCCAGCGGCCGCAGGGUGUUGAUGGUGGGAAGAUACAACGCGAUUACAAGCCAGGGAAGGGCGGUAUUAUUGUUUUUGAUGAUGGGGAUAUUGAGGAGGAGCUGGUUGCGGAAAGAGACGCGUUUCUUGCUCUUGUGGAUAUGCCAGAAGUUGAGGAUGGCGGUGAUGAUAGUGGGGGAAGUGACACUGAGAGCGAGGAUGAGGACGCGCCGACCGAUUCCCGAACUGGGCAGAAACGAAAAUCCUGGUCGGAUCGAGAUGACGAGGACGAGAGUAGUGAUGAUGAAGACAGGCCACGGCAAAGACGGAGAAGCAAUUCGUCGAGCCCAAUUCCAGAUUCUCCAACACGUCCAAAAAAGCGUGGUCUUCUAUCUUUCAGUGGUCCCUCUGCGAUAGCAUCGAGUGCUUCCCGCUCCGUUUCCCCAACUCCUGCUCAACCUCCCAAAGCGCCAUCUGCUCGGAAACUACGGCGUCGACUCCUACAGCUGCGACGUAAAAACGAAUCUGUGUUACAAGCAUACUAUUCCCUUGGAGCGUCAUAUUCGGAGCCAAUAUCGUCCAUGAUGUACUCUCUUGCCUCAGAACUUGGUCGAGAAGACAACGACCUGCUGUGGAUGACUAUUGUAGGUGUCACUUCCAUGGAGCUCUACGGUCGAUCAUCUGUAGGGGUUGCAAUUUCGACUUCGAAAUCGACAUCCCCAAAAGGCUGGCUUGGGACUCGCGGAUCUCGAAUACGACAGCUACUUCGGGAUGAAGUCCGGCGUCUAAAUCCACCUGAGCUCUCAGACUCAAGUUUAAGCGGCAAUCGAAAUAUGCUACCAGAGAACAGCGGCAUAAUACCCACCACGGCUCGAAGUCCAACCGACACCAGCAUUCGAUUAUCACCUGAACCGAAAUUCCUCCUGAUCCGGCACUGGAGUCUUUAUGACAGCAUGCUUCACUCUCCGUAUCUGUCCGCGCGGUUACAUAUAUGGUCAGAUACAGGGAGGAAGAGACUGCACAAGCUUCUGGCAAAGAUGGGUGUUAGUCUUGUCCAAUGCAAGCAAAGUUACACACAUAUGGACAUGGAACUAAAGAGAGGACUACGAACAAAGCUGUUAAAAUAUUCGGAGAUGUACGGACUUGACGACUUGGUUCCAGCUGCAGACACCGAUGGUAGGGAUCGAGGUGGGACGAAAGAAGGCUGGGGAUUUGUGAGAAGUUGGGGCUGGAGGGCUACUCUGAGUGCUCAAGAUGUUGGAGUCGUGGUGGGAGCUAUUCUUGAAGUUGGAAAGAAGGCUGUUACAACACUCGAGAAUGGAGGUUAUGAUCGUGGACGAGAAAUGAAGGAGACGUCUGAUGAAGACGGGACUUUAGAAGGGGAAGAAUGGGUUGGAAGAUUCUGGGAUGCCUACGAUGCGCUCGAGAAGAUCGAAGAAUUAAAAUCUGCCCUACCGACAGCUCAACAUCUUCACCGCGCCAUACUUCGAACAGGUACCUCAUUAAUCGAGAAGAAACAGAUCCGCCAUCUUCGGGCGUUUCGAAUGUGUGUGGUAAAAGAUGGGCCAGAUGUGACACUAUUUACGCACCCCUCCGCAUUGACCAAACUUGCGUUGUGGAUUGGCGAGGCAAUCGCGGAACAGGAACGCGAGAACAAGGGAAAGAUUGGUCAUGGUGGGCGAGGCACACCACUUGUGGUCGCUGGGCUGAACGAGAAUCGAGGAGUCUAUGUUGUCGUUGGAACUGGCGGAGGAGGAGGUGGCGGCAUGGGCUUUGGCGAUCGACAUGCAGCUAAAGAAAAGAAGGAGAAGCGAGAAGCAAAAGCAAAAGCUCGCGAGCUGAAAAAGCAGAACAAGGAGAAGAUCCGGGAACAGAAGCGAGAAGCACGAAGACUUGCUCUUGGCGACGACGCUGAUGAGGAAAACGAGACGGAAUCAGAAGAUUCCGAAUCGUCAUCUGAUGAGGACUCCGACGAUGAGGAAGAUGAGGCCUCCCAGGCGAGGGGAUUUGGACGGAACAAGUUCGGAAAUGCAUUCCAAGAAGUGGUGGAAGAAACGAAUGCAAGAGUGAGGAUUGACAGUUUUGAGCAUUGCGUGGUUGAAGUUAAAAAAGAAGACUUGGCUGGGUUUCUAGAGAGUUUGAGCAUGAAGGCUGUUGUGGGUUGAAAGGGUGAUUGAUGAUGUAGAUAUGUGUUCAUGACCUUGAUUUUUGACUUGUGGGUUGCUUGUGGCACUGGGUUGCUUGGAGUAUGCAUAGCUGGUUUGCUUUUCCGUAUUUGCAUUGAAUGAAACGAGCCUG